GACUCGAUCCGUUUCAAAUUGGACACCACAAAAGGCGUAAUCGAAAUGCUAAUCCAACGACUACAUUCUCUCUCUACCGGAAUCUAGAGUGAGAAACACCCGCCGUCGCCGUCGCUGGCAGAGUCACCGGACUGGAAUUGUGCUCCGCGGCAUUAAACUGAGGUUUACGGUGUGAUAAAUUGUUGUUAUUUAGGUAAAGUAGAUUUCGUGAAGGUCUUUCCAACAUGUCUUCGCCGGCGCCGGUGGCCGCGCCGCCGCCUUCCUCACCCCCGAGUAACAACACGUCUCCACCGCCGGCCGCUACGUCGCCGCCGCCUACUCCAGCGACGACUCCCCCUCCGAGUCCCGCUCCCCCCGUCGGAACCCCGCCCCCGACUUCGUCUCCGUCUCCGCCGGCUCCUACGACUCCGCCUCCGACGUCUACGCCGUCUCCUCCGUCUCCAUCCGCUACUCCGCCUACCAGCUCUCCAUCUCCGCCAUCGCCAACUACACCAUCCGGAUCUCCCGUUCCUCCGUCUCCGCCUGCUCCUUCUGGAGGCAGUUCUCCAUUGCCACCAUCGGGCGGCGGAUCAAAUCCUCCUUCUAGAGGCUCUCCUCCGACGGGGAGGAGUCCUCCUGCGCCUCCUACCAGUAGAGGCGGAUCGCCGCCAUCGCCACCACAGUCCUCCGGCGGAGAUUCAUCGGGAAUAUCGACCGGCGUUGUAGUCGGAAUUGCUGUAGCAGGCGUCUUCAUACUUAUUGUGCUGAGUAUCCUUUUCGUAUGCUGCAAAAAGAAGAGGAGAAGACCACAACCAGAUUACUAUAUGCCUCCGCCGCCGCCAGGCCCUAAAGCUGACCCUUACGGCGGUCCUGUGCACAAUUGGCAGCAUAAUGCGCCGCCGCCGGGAGAUCACGUGGUCACAAUUCCACCUAAGCCGACUCCUCCACCAGGUGGCGUGCAGUCGCCACAGCCUCCUCCGCCACCGCCUCACUUCAUAAGCAGCAGUGGUGGCUCUGGUUCGAAUUACUCAGGCCCCGAAACCCCCCUUCCUCCACCUUCCCCCGGCAUGGCUCUAGCGUUUUCAAGAAAUACAUUUACAUAUGAAGAAUUAGCUAUGGCCACUGACGGGUUCUCAAACGCCAACCUUCUCGGACAAGGUGGUUUUGGUUAUGUUCACAGAGGCGUCCUUCCUAAUGGCAAAGAGGUCGCCGUUAAGCAGCUGAAAGCCGGAAGUGGCCAGGGGGAACGUGAGUUCCAAGCUGAGGUUGAGAUCAUUAGCCGCGUGCAUCACAAGCAUCUCGUGUCUUUGGUUGGGUACUGCAUUACCGGAACUCAAAGAAUGCUCGUCUAUGAGUUUGUUCCCAACAAUACGUUGGAAUUCCAUUUACAUGGUAAGGGAAGGCCUGUGAUGGACUGGUCUACCCGGCUUAAGAUUGCUCUUGGCUCUGCUAAAGGGCUCGCGUAUCUGCACGAAGAUUGUCAUCCAAAAAUUAUUCACCGCGAUAUCAAGGCUUCUAAUAUUCUCUUGGAUUUCAACUUCGAAGCUAAGGUUGCUGAUUUCGGUCUUGCCAAGUUCUCUUCGGACACAAACACUCAUGUCUCGACCAGAGUUAUGGGAACUUUCGGAUACCUUGCGCCGGAGUACGCCUCCUCCGGGAAACUAACUGAGAAGUCGGACGUAUUCUCGUUCGGCGUGAUGCUGCUGGAGCUGAUCACCGGGCGACGCCCGGUUGACACCACCCAGACUUUCAUGGAUGAUAGUUUGGUAGACUGGGCUCGGCCAUUGCUGACACGAGCUCUCGAGGAUGGAAACUUCGACACCCUCGUCGAUCAACGGAUCUUAGGCGACCUCCAUCAAAACGAGAUGGCCCGGAUGGUCGCCUGUGCCGCUGCUUGCGUCCGUCAUUCAGCCAGACGUCGACCUCGAAUGAGCCAGGUCGUGCGCGCCUUGGAAGGGGACGUCUCCCUAUCGGACCUUAACGAAGGCAUAAGGCCGGGGCACAGCAACGUGUACAGCUCGUACGGGAGCUCUGACUACGACGCGGACCAAUACAACGAGGACAUGAAAAGGUUCCGGAAAAUGGCGCUGGCUAGUCAAGAACACGGCGGCGGCAGCGACCAGUACAGCAACCCGACGAGCGAAUACGGGCUGAAUCCGUCGGGAUCGAGCAGCGAGGGCGGUCAGCAGACGCGGGAAAUGGAGUCGGGAGGGAGGAUGAAAAGGCCGAGCCGAGGCUUCGGCGGCGCGGCUUAACACGCCGCCGAUGUUUCCCUUCCCUGUGCAUAAACAUACCUUACAAAUGUCUCAAAGCUAUCCGAUCAUUCUUUUCUCUUUCUUUGGCUAUCUGUUUUAUUCGCCUGACCUGACCUGCCCUGCCCUGCCCUGCCCUGACCUGCCCUGUGAGUUUUCUACACAAGCUUUUUUUUUGUAACUUUUUGGCUAAUGAUUAAGAUGCUACCAGAAAAAUGUAUUUACGACAUAAUUGCUUAUACAUAUGUUGAUUUAAAUGAACA